ACGUGAGCGUCGCGGUGCUGCAGCAGAGCGCGUGCUGGCUGCGGGAGUCCGCCCGGUUGUCGGUGUUAGGUGGGAUUAUUCCCGGUUGUCGGUGUUACGUGGGAUUAUUCCCGGUUGUCGGUGUUACGUGGGAUUAUCUGUCCGCGCGCUCGUUGACGCCGCCGGUUCUCCGGUCCGAGCAGAACUGACCGCUGCUUUUCCCGUGCGCAGGUUCUGAAAGGCAUGGCGACGGUUCGGAAGAAGGUCGAUAACCGUAUUCGGGUCCAGAUCGAAAAUGGAGUCGCACUGCAGCAUCGCACGAUGUUCGUCAUCGUGGGCGACCGCGGCAGAGACCAGGUUGUCAUUCUGCACCACAUGCUCUCCAAAGCCACUGUGCGAGCGCGACCAUCGGUCCUCUGGUGCUAUAAGAAGGAGCUUGGCUUUAGCAGUAAUCGCAAGAAGAGGAUGCGGCAGCUGCAGAAGAAGAUCAAUACAGGCACUCUAAACCUUAAACAAGACGAUCCCUUUGAACUUUUCAUUGCUGCCACCAACAUCCGCUACUGUUACUACAGCGAAACACACAAAAUCUUAGGAAACACGCAUGGCAUGUGCGUUCUGCAGGAUUUUGAGGCCCUGACUCCCAACCUCCUGGCUCGGACUAUUGAGACGGUGGAAGGUGGAGGCCUUGUGGUGAUUUUGCUGAGGACAAUGAACUCGUUGAAGCAGCUGUAUACAAUGACAAUGGAUGUCCAUUCACGCUACCGGACCGAGGCUCAUCAGGAUGUUGUUGGAAGGUUCAAUGAAAGGUUUAUCUUGUCCCUCUCCUCCUGUAAAACCUGUGUUGUCAUUGAUGAUCAGCUCAAUGUUCUGCCAACCUCCAAGCACAUUGCAAACAUCAAACCCGUCCCACUUAAAACACAGGAGGAGGAUGGUCUGUCACCACGAGAACAGGAGCUGAAGGACUUGAAAGAAUCCCUGCAAGACACACAACCAGUCGGUGUUCUAGUGGACUGCUGCAGAACCAUGGACCAGGCUAAAGCUGUACUGAAGUUCAUCGAAGCGAUUUCAGAAAAGACUCUCCGGAGCACUGUAGCCCUCACUGCUGCCAGAGGCCGGGGCAAGUCUGCAGCGCUGGGCUUGGCUAUUGCUGGAGCUGUUGCCUUUGGGUAUUCCAACAUCUUUGUCACGUCCCCCAGCCCAGACAAUUUGCACACGUUGUUUGAGUUCAUAUUCAAAGGCUUUGAUGCCCUUCAGUAUCAGGAACAUCUAGAUUAUGAAAUAAUCCAGUCUUUAAACCCGGAGUUCAAUAAAGCCGUGGUCAGAGUCAACAUCUUCAAGGAACAUCGGCAGACCAUUCAGUACAUCCAUCCUGCUGAUGCGGUCAAGCUGGGCCAGGCGGAGCUGGUGGCCAUUGAUGAAGCUGCUGCUAUUCCCUUGCCUCUGGUGAAGAAACUGCUCGGGCCUUACCUCGUCUUCAUGGCUUCUACAAUCAAUGGGUAUGAGGGCACGGGACGCUCCCUCUCUCUCAAGCUGAUUCAGCAGCUCAGGCAGCAGAGCGCCGAUGGCCAGCAGAGUCUCUCAGCUGAAAACAAAACCACCAACACAGCCAGGCUGGCAGCAGCGCGGUCUCUCCAUGAGAUGUCUCUUCACGAGUCCAUCCGCUACGCUCCAGGAGACCCUGUGGAGAAAUGGCUCAAUGAACUCCUGUGUCUUGACUGCCUGAGUGUGCCACGCAUCAUCUCCGGCUGUCCCCUGCCUGAAACCUGUGACCUGUACUAUGUGAACAGAGAUACUUUAUUCUGUUACCAUAAAGCCUCUGAGGCCUUCCUCCAGCGCCUCAUGGCCCUCUAUGUGGCGUCUCACUAUAAGAAUUCGCCCAAUGACCUGCAGUUGCUCUCAGAUGCUCCAGCUCAUCAUCUCUUCUGUCUCUUGCCUCCUGUUCCACCAACACACAAUUCUUUGCCAGAAGUUUUAGCAGUUUUGCAGGUGUGUCUGGAGGGAGAAAUUUCCCGUCAGUCGAUCCUCAACAGCUUGUCCAGAGGAAAGAAAGCGGCAGGGGACCUCAUUCCCUGGACUGUAUCAGAGCAGUUUCAAGAUUCUGAAUUUGGCGGCCUCUCGGGGGGAAGGGUGGUCCGAAUUGCGGUAAACCCAGACUACCAAAGGAUGGGUUACGGGAGCCGUGCGCUGCAGCUGCUCCAGCGUUACUAUGAGGGUCAGUUUCCUCUGCUGGACGAGAGCGAACAGCCGAAUGCCAGGACAAUUAACUCAGUCAGCAGUGAGGCUGUCAGCCUUCUGGAAGAGGUGGUGUCUCCCCGGACAGACCUGCCUCCCCUCUUGUUGAAACUGAAUGAGAGGACAGCAGAGAGACUGGACUACAUAGGAGUGUCAUAUGGUCUCACGCCAGGACUGCUCAAAUUCUGGAAGAAGGCUGGCUUUGUUCCAGUUUAUUUAAGACAAACUCCAAAUGACCUGACAGGCGAGCACUCCUGUGUAAUGUUAAAGGAGCUGAACACGGAGGAGUCAGCAGGACCGUGGCUGCCUGCCUUCUGGAAAGACUUCCGGCGGAGGUUUCUUUCUCUGCUCUCCUACCAGUUCAGCAGUUUUAGCCCCUCUUUAGCCCUGAACAUACUGCAGAGCAAGAAUGUCAAAGAUGACAGUCCAGCAACACUCACCAGCAUGGAGUUAGCUGCCCAGUUCACCCCCUACGAUCUGAAGCGUUUAGAGAUGUACUCCAGGAACAUGGUGGACUAUCAUCUCAUUAUGGACAUGGUCCCUGCCGUGGCCCGAAUGUUCUUCCUCAAACAGCUGGGCGGUAUUUCGCUUUCUGCUGCUCAGUCUGUGCUGCUCUUGGGACUUGGAUUGCAGCACAAAUCUGUAGAUGACCUUGAGAAGGAGAUUGACCUGCCCAGCUCUCAGCUCAUGGGCCUAUUCAACCGUCUCAUCCGCAAGGUGGUACAGUUCUUCAGCACCCUCCAAGAGAAUGCAGUUGAGGCAGAAAUGGUCGCCGUCAAAGACGUUAACAUGGAGCCAACUAGUCGGCCGCUGCAUGAGGAUCUGGAUGAGGCAGCUAGUGAGUUCCAGGAGAAACACAAAAAGGACAUGGAAAAGAUUAAGGAUAUGGAUCUUUCCCACUACAUGAUCCGAGGUGACGAUGAAGAAUGGGACCAAGUGCUGAAGACAGCAGGUCACACAGCUGUGGUCAGCAUAAAGAGUGACAAGAAAAGAAAAUUGGAGGACACAAGUAAGAAAGGCCAGUGGCAAGGCAAGAACCUGAAGCAAAAUAAGGGUAAAAAGGCCAAAUUUGGAAAGAAGCUUUAACCUUUGGACAAAAUGCUCACUUACCUGUUUUGCUGUGUACAAAUAUAGUGUAACACAAAUUGGUAUAAACCCAAAGCCACUUUUGCUACUUUCAUUUCAUAUUGAUGGUUGAAUUAACUGGUUUAGUUCAAUAAUGAAAUAUUUUGGAUUUGUGGAUGUGGUGGAAGAUCUUUAAGAUUGUGCUUUGUUGUUUUGUUGUUUUUUUUUUUUGAAUGUUUUUUCAUGUUUGACCGCACGCUUGGUCAGUAAUUUUUGGAUCAUUUGGCCCUUGUACUGUAACUGUAAGAUACACUCUACAAUGAGUGAAUAAACCUUUUUUUAAAACUA